AAUCAGUCUAUUUUGACAUUUAUCGAAUUUGGGGACUCGAUGGCUGACGUUGUGAAUUAAUAUUUUAGAAAUUUUUAUUUAACAUAAUCAGUAGCAAAUCCAUUAUAACAUCAAGAAUGGCGUUUUCAAUGUUGCUGCGUACGCCAGGCUACACAAGUCGGCUGUACACCCAGCAGAUGAUGAAGCUGGCGACACAGGCGUCCCUCCAGCGCUCCGCCGUCAGCGUCUUACCUGCCACUGCUAAUGCACUCAAGGAAAUGAACACUCCUAUCCUUAACUCUGUGCGUUCAUUCCGCACGUCGCCCGUCCGGCUGUCGGACGAGAAGCCGCACGACCAUUCCAAGCUGUGGGUCAUUGAGAAGGGCGUGGCCGCCCUCAUGGUGCCCAUCCUGCCCCUCGGCCUGCUGCUGCCCAACAAGAUCCUCGACUCCGUCAUCGCGAUCCUCAUCUGUGCCCACUCCUUCUGGGGUUUGGAAGCGAUCGCAAUAGACUACGUCCGAGCAAGUGUUGUGGGUCCCAUUCUUCCCAAAAUUGCCCUUGGGCUUGUGUAUAUUAUCUCUAUCGCCACCCUGGGCGGGCUCUUCUACAUCAUCAGCCACGAUGGCGGCAUCGCGAACACCAUCAAACAGAUCUGGGCUAUCAAGUCCGAUCGCCAGAAAUUAUAAACGUCUCCAAGCGAAGUUAUGUUACUAUGAUAAGUAAGCUAGGACUAAUUUUAAAUAGUGUUGCCAUGUAAGCGGGCUUUUAUCUGUGGUCUAACGUUUACCGCCCUAUUUAUUCCUUUUUUUUAUUUGUUUUUUUGGCAACGCUAUUAAGGCACUGUACAAAGAGCGACUCGGCAAUCACAGACUGCGAUACCGUAACAAUGAAAUUAGUUGACUGUUUGUUUUUUAUGAAAUAUUUUUAUUAGUCGAAUGAAUGGUCGAAAUUAAUAUUGGUAUGGCAGAGAUUACCUUUGCCGGGUUGCGAUACGACAAUAUUCAAGGUAGGUACUUAAUUGCACAAGAUUCCCAAAUUUCGUUUUGCUUCAACGAUUAAUGUUUAUAGUAUUAUUUAUUGUUUACGCAGUUUGUUCUGAUAGUUUGAAAUGUACGCACUUGCGGGGGUGUAGUUCAAUUUAUUAGAAUAAAUAAUAGUUGA